AGCAUUUCAGCCCUGGUAGCAACAGUCAAAAGCAUCUUCAAUGAUCGGUCCUUAUCGUUGAUCCAAGAGUCUAAGAAUAUCCUUUUCACAGCCUCCAACCAACGACUUUCUAGAGAAAUUUCUUGGUUUCAGAAUCAGGAAAAUCUAGGCUAUACUGACCAGUAACAGAGCAGCAAUCCAAGACUGUAAAAAUAUGUUGGGACGUCAUGCUGAAACGAAGAGAAGCACACUACCUACGCAACCAUUUUGAACGAACACUACCACCAUGCCCCUCCUCGCGCUUGCCGUCCUCCUAGCCAGCCUGCAGCACGCGGCAUCCGCCGGCGCCGGCCAGUUCACCUACAACGGCUUCGCGGUCGCGAGCCUCGCGGUCGACGGCGCCGCGCGGGUGGCGCCCAGCGGCCUCCUCGUGCUCACCAACGGCACGGUGGCCAUGACAGGCCACGCGUUGCACCCGUCCCCGCUCCAGUUCCGGGAGCCGACGUCCAACGGCACUGGCACGGUGCGGUCCUUCUCUGCGUCGUUCGUGUUCGCCAUCGUCGGGCAGUACCUCCACCUGAGCAGCCACGGGCUGGCCUUCUUCGUCUCGCGCACCCGGAGCCUCUCCACCACCAUGCCGUUCCAGUACCUGGGCCUCCUCAACACCACCGACGGCGCCGGGGCGGCCAGCAACCACAUCCUCGCGGUCGAGUUCGACACGGUGCUCAACUACGAGUUCGGCGACAUCAACAACAACCACGUCGGCAUCGACGUCGACAGCCUCCGGUCCGUUGCCGCGGAGAGGGCUGGCUACUACGCCGACGCCGACGCCGACGGCUCCGUGUUCCGCGACCUGAGCCUCUUCAGCCGCGAGGCGAUGCAGGUGUGGGUGGACUACGACGGCCGCUCCACGGUGCUCGACGUGACGCUGGCGCCCGUCGGCGUGCCCAGGCCCAAGAAGCCCCUCCUCUCGCGCGCCGUCGACCUCGCCGCGGUGGUGCCCGCCGAGGCGUACGUCGGCUUCUCGUCCUCGACCGGCGUCAUGGCGUGCAGCCACUACGUGCUCGGCUGGAGCUUCGCCUUGGACGGCGCCGCGCCGCCGCUUGACGUCUCCCGACUACCCGACUACCCGCGCCCCAGCUCGAAGCCCGGAAGACGACGGAAGGUGCUGGCCAUCGUGCUUCCGAUAGCGGCCGUCGCGGCAGCCGCAGUCGUCACGGUCGCCGCCGUCCUGGUCUGCGUGCGCCGGCGGAUGGAGUACGCGGAGCUGCGCGAGGACUGGGAGGCCGAGUUCGGCGCGCACCGGUUCGCGUACAAGGACCUGCACCGUGCCACCGGUGGCUUCGCGGACAAGAGACUGAUCGGGCAAGGCGGCAGCGGCGAGGUGUACCGUGGCGUGCUUCCACGAUGCAACGCAGAGGUCGCCGUGAAGAGGGUGUCGGACGAGUCGAGGCAAGGCAUGAAGGAGUUCGUCGCCGAGGUCGCGAGCAUGGGCCGGCUAAGGCACCGCAACCUCGUGCCGCUGCUUGGCUAUUGCCGCCGGAAAGGGGAGCUACUUUUGGUGUACAUGUACAUGCCAAACGGUAGCCUCGAGAAGCUUCUAUAUGACCAAGGCAGCAAGGUGACCCUAGGUUGGGAUCAGAGGUUUCGGAUCAUCAAAGAUAUCGCGGCAGGUCUGCUGUACCUACACGAGGAGUGGGAACAGGUGAUCGUGCACCGAGACAUCAAGCCAAGCAACGUGCUCCUCGACGACGAGAUGAACGGCCGGCUCGGUGACUUUGGCCUCGCAAGAUUGUAUGACCAUGGUGCGAGCUCUUAUACAACUCGUGUGGUCGGCACCACGGGGUACCUAGCUCCUGAGCUAAUGCGCACGGGGAAGGCAAACCCGGCGACGGAUGUUUUCGCCUUCGGCGCAUUCCUUCUAGAGGUGGCAUGUGGGAGAAGACCCAUUGAGCAGGGCAUGGAGGGGGAGGAUUUUGCACUCGUGGACCAUGUUCUUGGACACUGUCUCAGUGGAUCUCUAAUGGAAGCAGUGGACUCAAAGCUUCAGGAUGACUAUGACGCGGAGGAGGUGUGCCUAGCUCUGAAGCUUGGAUUACUCUGCUCACACCCUCUGGCCAGUGAAAGACCGAGCAUGAGGCAAGUUGUGCAGUAUCUAGAUGGUGGGGCAGCGUUCCCAGAGCUAGCACUGACCAAUCUUAACGCCGGAAAGUUGAUGUAGAUCUGAAGGAAAUGCUUGUAUAAAUAUAUUUGUAUAAUGUAUAUAUGCAGUCCUAUGUCCAAAUAGUACUGUUGAAUGA